GCAAGCGACUAGAUACUUCCUGUUCGCUGUGUUGACAAAUGAAAGAGAGACAGCCAGAUGGAUUCAUAAUUUUACGAUAACUCCGAAGCUAACCCGAUUUAACUCAGGUUAGCUAUCUCAUGCCUUGGCAGGCACCGUAGAAGAUAGUUAGCGAACGAGCCUUGCAGCGGUAAUGGACGGGACUAGGCUGUUGUUCGUGUUGUUUGGGGGUUUGUUGGAGAUGUGUUGUGGUGUGUCGGCUAACAGAGGUGGAUCUCCUUCGUUUACUGAUGAAAUCCCAUUCAAAAUUAACUGGCCCGGGGCCGAAUUCACCCUGCCAACCUCAGGUGCCCUCUACAAAGAAGAUGACUUUGUCAUCAUGACAACAACAGAGAAGGAGAAAUACAAAUGUCUCCUGCCUUCCUUGUCAAAUGGAGAUGGCGAUGAUGACAAGGUGUACGCUGGUCCCACUCCAGGUGAUCUGCUGGACCCACUGUUCAAAGAGAGCAGCUGCUCCUACAGAAUCGAGUCAUACUGGACGUAUGAGGUGUGUCAUGGGAAACAUGUGAGACAAUACCAUGAGGAGAAGGAGACGGGACAUAUCAAAGUUCAGGAGUACGUCUUGGGAAGCAUGACCAAGACGACAGAGUCUUCAGCCACUUCAGGAACAGAGAUUGCAGAGGUAGAGAAAGUUGAGGAGAUGGAUCCUACGCCAGAAGCUGAGAAAGAGGUUCCUACUAAGAACGUGGAGGGCCAGCUGACUCCAUACUACCCGGUGUUGAUGGCCCACGGGACGGCGUGCAUCCUGAAACAGAACACUCCUCGCUCCACCAACGUGCUGUAUGUCUGCCACCCCGAAGCCAAGCACGAGAUCCUUUCUAUCGCUGAGGUCACUACCUGCGAGUACGAAGUAGUGGUGCUGACCCCUCUGAUCUGUGCACACCCCAAAUACAGGUUCAAGUCGUCCCCAGUGAAUGCCAUCUUCUGCCAGGCCAUGUCUGGUUCUCCCCUGCGGCCUCACAGUCUCUCUCAGAUGGACCGGGAGCAGGAGGAGCUGCUGAAACCUCCCUUCACUGCUGCUGCUGCCCCGGAAAGAGAAGAGGAGAGUAUGUCCCCCAUGAGAGAGGAGGCCUUCUCCUCUACCCAUAAGCCCCUCGUGGUGGGCGGGCAGACCCAGGUUACCGUGGGAACCACCCACAUCUCCCGUCUGACGGACGAGCAGCUGAUCAAAGAGUUCCUGAGUGGCUCCUACUGUCUCCAUGGGGGAGUAGGAUGGUGGAAGUAUGAGUUCUGCUAUGGGAAGCAUGUACAUCAGUACCAUGAGGAUAAGGAGCAGGGGAAGAACAUUGUGGUAGUGGGCAGUUGGAACGCUGAGGAACAUCUGCAGUGGGCUCAGAAGAACGUGGCCCGAUCCUACCAGUUCAAAGACGACGGGGUCCAGAAAGUCAAACUGGUGUCCCUCUUCUACGGCCAUGGGGACGUGUGUGACCUGACGGGGAAACCCAGACAGGUCAUCGUCAAGCUCAAGUGUAAGGAGUCUGAGUCUCCCCAUGCCGUCACUGUGUACAUGCUGGAGCCUCAGACCUGCCAGUAUGUCCUUGGGGUUGAGUCUCCAGUUAUAUGCCAGAUCCUGGACACAGCUGAUGAGAAAGGCCUUCUAUCCAUCUCCAGCUAACAGCACGGACAGAGGAGGCGAAAAGGAGGGAUGAGCAGAA